GCUCUCCAUUUUCUAUCUCUCUCUCACUCUCUCUCUCUAUCUCUGCUAUCCGAUUUGGGCCUCAUCUCAUAUCCAUGGCUACUCAAGGUCAGGUCAUCACCUGCAAAGCUGCGAUUGCUUGGGAAGCGAACAAGCCGUUGUCGAUCGAAGACGUUCAGGUGGCUCCGCCGCAAGCCGGCGAAGUUCGAAUCCAGAUCCUGUUCACUGCUCUCUGCCAUACUGAUGCUUAUACUUGGAGCGGAAAGGAUCCUGAAGGUCUUUUUCCAUGUAUUCUUGGUCAUGAAGCUGCUGGGAUUGUAGAGAGUGUUGGCAAAGGUGUAACUGAAGUUAAGCCUGGAGACCAUGUCAUACCUUGUUACCAGGCAGAAUGUAGGGAAUGCAAGUUUUGCAAAUCAGGGAAGACAAAUUUAUGUGGCAAAGUUAGGGCUGCCACUGGAGUUGGAGUCAUGAUGACUGACCGUAAGAGUCGUUUCUCCGUCAAUGGAACUCCCAUUUAUCAUUUCAUGGGAACUUCGACAUUUAGUCAGUACACUGUUGUCCAUGAUGUUAGUGUUGCAAAGAUUGAUCUAAAUGCCCCGUUGGAGAAAGUGUGCCUUCUUGGUUGUGGUGUUCCCACUGGUCUUGGAGCAGUUUGGAACACAGCAAAAGUAGAACCAGGUUCCAUUGUUGCUGUUUUUGGCCUUGGGACUGUUGGCCUUGCAGUGGCAGAGGGCGCGAAAUCAGCUGGUGCUUCGCGAAUUAUUGGUGUCGAUAUUGACAGCAACAAGUUUGAUAUAGCAAAGAAUUUCGGGGUCACUGAAUUCGUAAAUCCAAAGGACCAUGACAAACCAAUACAGCAGGUUAUUGUUGAUCUUACAGAUGGUGGUGUUGACUAUAGUUUUGAGUGCAUUGGGAAUGUCUCUGUAAUGAGAGCUGCUUUGGAGUGCUGUCACAAGGGAUGGGGUACCUCUGUUAUUGUGGGUGUUGCUGCUUCCGGUCAAGAGAUAUCCACUCGGCCUUUCCAGUUGGUGACUGGCCGUGUUUGGAAAGGAACAGCAUUUGGUGGUUUCAAGAGCCGUUCACAAGUGCCUUGGCUUGUGGAAAAGUACAUGAAGAAGGAAAUUAAGGUUGACGAAUACAUCACCCACAAUUUGACCCUUGCCGAGAUUAACAAAGCAUUUGAUUUGAUGCACGAAAGGGGUUGUCUCCGCUGCGUGCUGAAGAUGCACACAUGAGAUGAUCACUCCAGUCAUAUCAUCGUUAAUAAUAUAUCGUUUUCCCUUCUCUUCUAUCAUUCUUUUCUUUCUUCGUUUUUUCUUUUUUCUUUUUUUUUUUUUUUUUUGACUGGGAAAUUUCACUUGCAUGCCUUCUAUAAGCAUAGUUGGGGACUGUUUGUGUUCAGUUGCUACAUUACAUCCUUUAAAAGGAGUUUGUGCUAUGGGUGCUAUUUCAAAUUUAACUAUAGCUACUUGGAUUCUGGGCAUGUUGGAAAGAUUUUGUUUGGUUGCCAAGAAAUUGAAUAGCAUCCUGCGAAUUGUAGAUUGAUAGCCGCUCUAAGUUCUUGAACUCCACGCACCAAAUUGUUGUUUUAGUUGUGAAGUCAUAAAGCCAUGGACGAACUCUAAGCUAUCUCGCACAAAUUCAUGCAUGAUUGUAUUCAUUAACGUGAUCA